GCGGCCUUAUUGGAGAAGCUGAUCUUCUCUCACUCAUCCCACCAUCUCUGGGAUACGCUGACUUGAGAAAAAGUGCACAGACCUCAGCAGCCACCUAUUCUCAUAUACCAAUCAAAGUAGUUCAAUGGGUAGGUUUUGAGAACGACGUAAAUUCCAUGGCGGCAAGGCUCAACAACGAUCCACAGUAUCCCAAUCCGACGUUUGAACAAUACUCGCGGGUCACGAAUGAAGAGGCAGUUCGCAGAGCACUCAGCUCGAAUGUAUUGCGUAAACUAGACAUUUUGGGAUCCAGACGCAAUCCACCAGAAGAGUUUAAUGAUCAUAGUGCUAUGCAGGAAAUUACUGGGGAGCCGGACUUUAUUCUUUGCAGAUAUGUUAGUGAUCAGAAUGUAAUUCCGCUCAUUGCUGUCGAAGUGAAAACGAAGUGGGUUUUGUCUUUUCCACCUGGAAAUCUCAUAUCGAAGUACAACACAGAGGAGGCCCGUCGCCAGAAUCACCAAAUCGGCGAUGGGGGAUGUUCUCCACUUCAUCCGGUGAAGCAAAUUUAUGGAUAUCUUGGUCAUAAUUGCCUUCAGUACGGCGUCCUCACUACAUAUAACCAGAGCUGGUUCCUCCGAAGACCGUCUGAGCCGCACGGCAAUCUUUACAUUUCGCCAGCCAUCGCAAUCGACAAUGUGCAACCAACUUUACUUCAGUGUUUUGCGUAUCUAAUAUUGCUCGCACAUGCAGGGCACACAAGCAUUGCACCUCUGUCAUCACCAGCUCUUGCUCUGAUACCUGAUGAACCGCCAUCAAAAAGACGAAGAGGAAAUCGGGGUUCUCGUGGAAGCAGGAAACCAGCAAGAGGCAGUGGAAGUGGUACAGGCAGUAGUAAAGGCUCACACCAUCAGGUGGCAGGUGGGAGACAGUGUUCAAGUGAACUACCACGAACUAUGAAAUUACAAUUGAAUGAUUUUGAUAGACAAAGCGUUCUUGGAGAUGGGCGGAGUGGAAAAGUGUUCAGAGCUAUUUGGCAAAAAGAGGAAGUGGCAUUGAAGAUUUGUGACCUAUCAAAGCAUCCAGACUAUGAAGAAGAGAUGCUUACUGAAGUAGAAGUAUACUAUGCUCUGGAAGACCUUCAGGGACAUUACAUUCCCAAGCUCAAGGCUGCAGGAUAUGCAUAUGGGAAGAUGUUCUUUUUGGUUGCAACUGAGAUUGUUGGGUCUCCUGUGAAGGUGGACAGCUUGAAUGAUCAAGAACGUCAUGAGAUCAUUAAGGCACUUUCGCAGAUUCAUGUUCAUGGUUUUCUCCACAGGGAUAUUCGUGCAGAGAACAUUCUUUUUCAGCUCAGUAAUG